AUGGGGAUCAUCUUAAUCUCCGAUAGCGAAUCCAAUAUAAAUGUGCAAUGCAAAAGGAGGGGAAGAAAAAACUGCACGAGUUGGACUGCCGCCGCCGUCGGAGAGAUGUGCAAUGGGAAACGCAACGACUGGGCGUCGAAGUCUUCGUCGUCGUCGUCGUUGCCGUCGUCGUGGGAUCCGGACGCGGUGUUGCCGUUUUGCCAGCUCGAUCACGUCCUGGAAAUAUUAGACACGCCACACAUACUUAAACAACUGGUUUUCGUGUGUCUACGCGUAUAUACCGUGUUUCUGGUCAAACAUUGUUUACGUUUUCUCCCGAUGCAGAAAAACAAUGGCCGUGGUUUUUUAAUCGGACGAAAAAUAAAAAUAUAA